AUGGGGAAGAGCCAAAAUUCCGUCAUACCGGCCGCUUUGCGGCGCCGUUAUAGCAGAUUAUGGCGGAAAAACCCGCAAUAUCAGCUGAUAUUUACCAGUGCAGCGAGCCCAAAAACUGCCAUGUAUAUCGGCGAACAGGGAAAGCCGUUGGUAGAAUUGAAGACAGACUUGGAUCUUGUUAAGUCUGCCAGACCAAUAACAAAACAAAGAAUCACUGCAAGAUUUAAUGAUAAAGAGGCGUCAGUUGUAGGGGAGGAAAUGAAAUUUGUGGAAAUCUUGGAAGGAAAAAACAGAAAUAGGUUACAAGUUUACAACUUCCUUCUAGGGAGAGCUUGA